GUUUUCGAUUUGGCGUUUCUUUAUUAAGCAUUUAUCAUUAUCAGUGCCAUGCGAUGCGUUACAGUGCAUUUUCAAUAAAUACAUCAUAAAUUAAUACAGUAAAACAAAGGAGCUGCCCACUUUUAACUGGUGAAGAGAGAGUCAUAACUGUUAAAAAUGGCUGAAGAAAGCUCUCAAGAGCCGAAGAAGCCUAUGACGGACGAGGAGAGGCUGGCUUUGUGCCAGAAAAUGGACCAGGAGCUAGACGAUUUCAUCAACAGUCUGGAGCGAACGAGAUACACUGAUGGAUGGUCUGAGGAUAAGUGGGAGGAAGAAAUGGACAAGCAUCCAUUCUUCAUGAAGACGUUACCCGAGAAUGGUGACAUGUCCGCUCUGGCCGAGGGCCUGGCCAAGCUGAAGUACGAUCCGGAGGAGAACACUGCGCUGGAACUGGCGACUAACUAUAAGGAGGAUGGGAACUUCAACUUCCGUCAUAAGAACUACCGGCUGGCUAUACUUGGGUAUACGGAAGGCAUUAAAGUCAGAUGCGAAGACGCCGAAAUGAACGCAUUUUUAUACAACAACCGGGCGGCCGCGCAAUACCACCUCAAGAACUACCGUUCAGCCCUUGCCGACAGCGAACGAGCCCUAUCUUUCAAACCGGACCACGCCAAGGCCCGCCUCAGAGCAGCUAAAUGCGCUUUUGAGAUAGCUAACUACGAAAAAUGCAUUGAACAUUGCAAUAAACUCCUAGAAGACAACCCUAGUGACGCAGAAGCUACAGAACUCAUCUCUAAAACUAAAAAGAAAAUCCUCAUCCAAGCCAGAGAUAAACGAAAGCAAGAAAAGCUAGAACAAGUCAAGCGACAACAGAAAGAUGAGGUUGUCAAAGCGAUUUUGGAGCGAGGUAUUCGCAUAGCUAACUGCGAUGAAGAAGAUGACCUAGAUUUGUCUAAGUUAGAGCCUAGUAUGCCUGGAGCUCAUGGUAAUAUGGUGCAUUUGGAGAAUGGGAAGCUACAGUGGCCAGUACUGCUUUUUUAUCCGGAGCAUCUCUUGACAGAUUUCAUCGUAGAUUGCCCGGAGGAUGUUCCUUUAGAAACUCAGUUGGCUAAAGUGUUUCCGGCUCCAUGGGACACUCAAAACCAAUACGGAACAGAUAAAGUAAAUGUGUAUUCAGAAGGUUAUAAUAAGCUUCCACAUAUCAUAGAUAUUUCCAUGGAUUUGGGAGAUAUAUUGAAAAUGAAAUAUUUUGAGGUGAAAGGUGGGACUCCUUCCUUUGUAGUGGUGCCUCGAGGUAGCCAAGUCGAGAAAAAGUUCCUUUCAGGAUAUUUCUCUUAGUCAAAGCAACUCAGAGAUCGGACUGGCGUACUGCGGUCAACACUGGUCUCAACGACUUCGAAAGUGCACGCCUCGAAGAUCUUGACGCUAAACGCCAGCUUCGAAAAUCUUGGCCCAAGCCCUCCUACACAUACACUUAAAUUACGACUCAAAUGGCGAGCUUUACUGCAUGUCUUGCGGCCGGAAGUUUAAAACAAAACUCGGUUUCGCAAGUCACGUCCGAGCCCAUGCACGUCAGGCUUUACUGAAUACCUGAUACUGAUAUGUCCGGGUGUCGCCGUCGACGGAUACGACUGGGAGGACAUCAUCGUCAUCAUCAUUUUAGUCAAAGACAAUGUCUUUGAAUUGAGCAUCUCAUGAUAAAUGGGGCCUAAAGGUCGACGUUUUUGGCGUCUAGUGUGCACAUGCCUUAAAGCCACGUAUUAAUUAUAAACAAUGUUUCGUAAUGAGUAUAUAUUAUACAUUUUCUGGGAAACUUUGUUUAGGAACACUGUUUAUAAAUUUUUUAUAGUGAUAUUAAAAAAUAUAUAUAUAUUUUAUUUAUUUUUUACUGAUAAGUGGCUUUAGGGUUCAAUUGUGUUUCCAGAUUGUUAACAGGCUAUAAGUAAAAUAUUAAGGCUAAGUUAAAACUUGAAUUAAUAUUAAUAAUAUUCACUUUUUAGGGUUCCGUACCCAAAGGGUAAAACGGGACCCUAUUACUAAGACUUCGCUGUCCGUCCGUCCGUCCGUCCGUCCGUCCGUCCGUCUGUCACCAGGCUGUAUCUCACGAACCGUGAUAGCUAGACAGUUGAAAUUUUCACAGAUGAUGUAUUUCUGUUGCCGCUAUAACAACAAAUACUAAAAACAGAAUAAAAUAAAGAUUUAAAUGGGGCUCCCAUACAACAAACGUGAUUUUUGACCAAAGUUAAGCAACGUCGGGAGUGGUCAGUACUUGGAUGGGUGACCUUUUUUUUUUUGCAUUGUGGUACGGAACCCUUCGUGCGCGAGUCCGACUCGCACUUGCCCGGUUUUCUACAAUAGUCCCAAUGCCUGCUGCGACCGGUUCAUGGGUGUUUAUUGUUGCGCCUGUGAACGGGUUCCAGCAGGCGUUCUACAUGACAUUAGAGCUCUCCAAGGGGCCUCUACGUGUUGGAUCUAUAUCCCCACGCAAGCCUAUCAAAAGACCGGGAUUUGUAGGCCCGUGAAUUCCAAAAUGGAGAAACAAAUAUUAAUAAUAUUUCUAGCUGUUUGAUAAAAUAUAUCUAGUGUCUAUAUUUUAUAUCUGUUGAAAUUAAAUAUUUUACUAAGAUUUGGACACGUUAAAUUUUAUACUCUCAAAUCCAUUUGAUGGGGAAGGAAACUAAGUAUUUGUAACAUUUUUUUAAAUAUUUAGUCUAUUUAUAAUUAUAAUAUAGGGUCAUUGCGUCAGUUUACAGGUAUAUACUCAAAUUAAACGCAUUUCUUGAAUAUAUAGGCAUAUAUUGAAAUUAUACGUAAUUCUGUAGCAACUACGCCAAGUGGACGGAAACAGGUACUGGGCGGUAAACUGACGCAACGACCCCAUUCCAACUAUUUUUGGUAGAACCUGAACCAUUAAUAAAUAGCUGAAUUUACUUUAUUGGUAAUAAAACGUUAAAUUGUAUCAAAAAAUAAUGUUUUUGGGUUAUUUAUUUUGUGUUAUAUUAUUAGUAAACAUAAAAAUGUAUAUCGGGUUUAUUAUGACAAGGAGGAGGUAACUCCCUCUGAAUAAAAUGAAAACACAUUUUUCUUUAA